UUCUUAUCGCAGUAAUCAGUCGUGAGACAAUCUAAACUGACAUACUUUCGACCUAAAAUUAAAUUUAACAAACUUUCGGUAUCUUUCGUUUUCCUUCAAGAUGUUUAGGAGCCUUAGAAUAGCUUUGUUGUUCCAAACUGUUGUUGCAUCCUGUCCAAAUGGAUGGCUGAGCCACAACCAAUCAUGCUUUCUCUUCAGUCAUGAUCGCGAAUACUGGCCAGGAGCUUUUCAAAUGUGUAAAAUAAUGGGAGGACAGCUUGUCGAGAUUCAUAGUGCUGCUAAAAACAACUUCUUACUGCAGCAAAUAAAAUCUUCAGGCCAUACUUUUUGGAUUGGUUUAAGCGAUGUAAGUGAAGAAGGAAACUGGAUUUGGAUGCCGAGCUUGACUUCUUCUGCGGAGUACCACAACUGGAACACAGGCCAGCCCAGCACAGUUAACGCUAAUAAUGAGCCCGAAAACUGUGCAGUUAUUUAUACAACUGGAAAAUGGAAUGACGCUGCAUGUUCAAGCCUUUACUAUUAUAUAUGCGAAAAGAUGGACCAGUGAAGACGGAGAGAUAGUUGGAUAGACCACAGACAAUAAUGUGUGUACAGAUAUAUCUGGCAAAUUCCUUACACAAAUUUACAAAUGCAUAACAUAACUUAAACCAAAACUGCCUUAUUUUUUACGGACUAGGAACCGUUAGUAAUAUGCAUGCUAAUAAACCAUUCUUAAGUUUU